UCGACGGGCUCCGCGGAUCUUCUGCUGCUCAGGAAGAUUAACGUUGCUCCAUAAGUUUCGGUGAAAUCUCUGUCCCAUGAAAUGUAGACCAUCUAACCUCAGCAUUCGUCUCAUAAACUUUUCAAUACCUUUUGAGAAUAAUGGGUAGUCUUUCAUUAAUUCAACCGAUCGUUACAUAAUGAAGCCCGGAUAAGCUCCGGGGCUUGGUGAAACCAAACCGAAUCAGGUAACUGAUUGGCUGCCCUAGCUUGGACAUGAUCUGUUACAUUACAGCAUCUACUGACAUGGAUGAACGAAAAAACAAUGGAACCUCUUGCAUGCUGCUUGAUGUCCUGGAUAAUCAUGCCCACAGAAGAGCGGUCCUUGGAAUCGGUUUGGAGCUUUUGUACCAGCGAGAGACAAUCAGAGGUGAUAAUCACCUGAUUAUAUGGGCGAGUUGAGGCGAAGUGGACUGCAUGCCUGAGAGCAGUCACCUCCGCAAGUUCCGGUUCAAUGACCCAAUCAGCACCCUGCCUGCAAGCAGCCAGGGAAGAACCAUUGUGGUCUCUGAUCACUAUACCAAUUCCCAUUCGAUUUGAUUCUGCAAACAGAGUGGCGUCAACAUUCAGGUUAACCCAUCCUUCCGGCUCCCCCUAUCGAUUAGGCCUAACAGAGCACUUUUGGAAACAACAGGAUUGGAAUAAAUGCUAUGUAGGAUGCGAGUUUGGGUUUUCCGCGAGUAAGACACCUGAUGCUACUUUUGGAAUCGCGCCAGAUACUUCCGUAGAUAGUAUCCUCAGAUCAAUGGAAUCAUCUCAAUAUUAUUCAGAGAACAGUAUUGAUGUGGCUCGAGGGAGAGGGUACAAAAUUGUAAUGACAACCAGCCUUUCCUCUGAUGUACCUGUUGGCUACUUUUCAUGGGCUGAAUAUGAUAUCAUGGCACCUGUGCCUCCAAAGACCGAAGAAGCUUUAGCUGCAGCUUUUAUUUCCAACUGUGGUGCACGCAACUUUCGUUUGCAAGCCCUUGAGAUGCUUGAAAACCUGGAUGUGAAAAUAGAUUCAUAUGGUAGUUGUCAUCGUAACCGUGAUGGCAAAGUGGACAAAGUGGAAACUUUGAAGCGCUACAAAUUCAGCUUGGCUUUUGAGAAUUCUAACGAGGAGGAUUAUGUAACAGAAAAGUUUUUUCAGUCACUGAUAGCAGGUUCUAUUCCAGUUGUUGUUGGUGCUCCAAACAUUCAAGAGUUUUCUCCAGGAGAAGGCGCAAUAUUACAUAUUAAAGAGCUUGAUGAUGUUGCUUCAGUUGCUAGGACAAUGAAAAAUAUUGGUUCAAAUCCUGAUGCCUUCAAUCAAUCUUUGAGGUGGAAGUAUGAUGGUCCGUCUGAUUCUUUCAAAGCUCUUAUCGAUAUGGCAGCUGUUCAUUCAUCCUGUCGGCUUUGCAUACAUAUUGCUACGAAGAUUCAUGAAAAAGAGGAAAGGACUCCAAAAUUUAUGAAUCGUCCAUGUAGCUGUUCCAGCAAAAAAGGAACAGUUUUUCACUUAUUUGUCAGAGAGAGAGGGCGGUUUAAGACACAGAGCAUUUAUCUGAGAUCGGGCCAAUUAACUCUGGAAGCUCUGGAGUCUGCAGUGCUUGCUAAAUUCAGAUCCCUCAACCAUGUUCCUGUAUGGAGGGAUGAAAGACCACCAAGUAUUAGAGGUGGGGGCGAGUUGAAGGUAUACAGAAUUUAUCCAGUGGGUCUAACCCAACGGCAGGCAUUAUACGGUUUCAGGUUUAGAGAUGAUUAUGAACUUGAGCAAUAUAUUAAAGAUCAUCCCUGUGCAAAGCUUGAAGUAAUUUUUGUAUAACUAUAUGAUCUAGGCAUAAUCCCCCCCCCCCCCCGGCCCCCCAUUCUUACCAAACUUAUCCGUGUGCGAGUUUUGGCUGUACUGUAAUGUAUGGUGUUUUUUGUGUAGCAAUGAACCUAAUGCUAGUACAGAUCAUCGACCAGUUGUAACUUUUCAUUGACAGUCCACGACAGUUCCUUCAGGAACAGUAAAAAGGAAUUGACACGACGCAAUCAAUGGUAUUUUGUAGACAA